AUGCUGAGACACCUGCUUCAGGGCCCCGCCCCUCCACACAGACCACGCCUCUUCGUCGGCCACGCCCCCUCCGAGCGCGGGGCCUUGUGGGAGUUGUGGUCCCGCGCGGCCGCGAGCCUGCCUCCUCCCGGAAGGCGGGCCGGCGGCCGGGAGAACCCGGGAACUACAGCGGCGGAGGCCGCUCCGCCUCCCCGGGCCGCGGGCUCGACGGUGGCCAAUGAGGCAGGACCACGCGGGCCUCCAAAACAAGAGGCGGUGCGGGCCGUGCCGGCGGUGCGGGGUGUGCGGAAGGGGCUGCCUGCCCCUGCGCCCGCCGCCCCCAGCCCUCCCGCGAGCUUCCCCGCCGGCUCCGGAUUCAGCCCUUCUCCUGCCCUGCACCUGCACCUGCACCGCCCCGGGGCCAGGAUUCGGCAGGACGUCCCAGAAGUCCGGCUCUCCUCCUCUCGGUCGCCUUUCUGUGACCGCCUGCCUCCAGGCGGUUACCAGCCACGCCUCCACUGGCCUGAGCCACGCCUCCACUUUGUCCGGGUAGUGCGGUACUGUCUUAAACAUUUUAUGAAAUCAACAGAUCUGGAUUCCAGAAAAACAGAGCGCCCCGGAAUUCAUGCCUAGUGCCUGCUGAUGAAAUAAUCCGUUUAACUGUUCGCUAUAUUCUCGCGACUGGGGCUGAUGACAUCUCACUUUAUGCAUAAUACCGAACUCUACAUGCACACGGUAGCAGUAUUUUUCAAAGCCUACUCUGGGACGUUUGGACUGCGAUUUUUAGGCUUAAUAUUUAAUAAUAAAUAGGAAGAGGCCUGCUCAGACA